GUACUUUAACAGAACACCCGUCAUGACCAGUUUACCUGUACUUUUCAUUGCGCUUCUCUGUGUUUUAUACAUAAAUUCUAAUAUCAGCGGCGUGGAUUCGAGACCACCGGAUAAUUUACCAAUAGCAGCGCACAAUGACGACGUGACUGACGAGACAAGACAUCAGAAACAUAAACAGAUCGUGCCCAUGUUGAGGAGAAAGUUCAACCGUCUUCCGGGUGUAUGUAGACGUCUGAGGAGAAGAAGGAUAACUAUUCUGUGUAACACAGCAAAGUUCUGUUCUGCCAGAAGGCACUCCCUACAUGGCCACAUGUGCUCCUGUCCAAAACGCUCAAAGUGCAAAUAUUUCUUUUUAUGGAGUUUGUGACAUUGCACUGCAAAAUGCGUUUAUAUUAUGAAGGACUUAAUAUGACUUUUGAAUUAUCUUUUGUACCAAGUGGAUGAAUAAAGAAAGAAGUCA